AUGCCACACCUCACUCGCCGAAUCAGCACCGAGUCCCCUCCCUCUCCCGCAACUUCGGCCGGUGCCACAGCCCCCCAACUCGGGGAACCAGCAACCGGGGACACGGAGGCAGCUGUAGAAGACACGGGACCAGGGCCAGGCGACAAUCCCACCACAGAACCCACCACCGCUGCAACACGGCCCACAGGACCCACCACCGCUGCAACACGGCCCACAGGACCCACCACCGCUGCAACACGGCCCACAGGACCCACCACCGCUGCAACACGGCCCACAGGACCCACCACCGCUGCAACACGGCCCACAGGACCCACCACCGCAGCAACACGGCCCACAGGACCCACCACCGCUGCAACACGGCCCACAGGACCCACCACCGCUGCAACACGGCCCACAGGACCCACCACCGCUGCAACACGGCCCACAGGACCCACCACCGCUGCAACACGGCCCACAGGACCCACCACCGCUGCAACACGGCCACAGGACCCACCACCGCUGCAACACGGUCACAGGACCCACCACCGCUGCAACACGGCCACAGGACCCACCACCGCUGCAACACGGCCCACAGGACCCACCACCGCUGCAACACGGCCCACAGGACCCACCACCGCUGCAACACGGCCCACAGGACCCACCACCGCUGCAACACGGCCCACAGGACCCACCACCGCUGCAACACGGCCCACAGGACCCACCACCGCUGCAACACGGCCCACAGGACCCACCACCGCUGCAACACGGCCCACAGGACCCACCACCGCUGCAACACGGCCACAGGACCCACCACCGCUGCAACACGGCCACAGGACCCACCACCGCUGCAACACGGCCACAGGACCCACCACCGCUGCAACACGGCCCACAGGACCCACCACCGCUGCAACACGGCCCACAGGACCCACCACCCCUGCAACACGGCCCACAGGACCCACCACCGCGGCAACACGGCCCACAGGACCCACCACCGCUGCAACACGGCCCACAGGACCCACCACCGCUGCAACACGGCCCACAGGACCCACCACCGCUGCAACACGGCCCACAGGACCCACCACCGCUGCAACACGGCCCACAGGACCCACCACCGCUGCAACACGGCCCACAGGACCCACCACCGCUGCAACACGGCCCACAGGACCCACCACCGCUGCAACACGGCCCACAGGACCCACCACCGCUGCAACACGGCCCACAAGAGCCGCAGACACGCCAACAGCGUCGCCCACAUCAUCAUCCACAGGAGACGAACUUCCGGAGUCCCCAAAAUCCCGGACGUCGGCCCAGGCCUCACCACGAGGCGGAGCCAGACUCAAAGCCCGCCACGAACGCUUGGACAGAGGUCGCACGUCGUCGGAACUAUCACCCCCGCCAGGAGGCACCGUAGCAGAACCUCCAGUCGGUCGCGCAACUCCCCGCAGCGCACGAUCACUGACUGAUUGA